UUAAAGUGAAAGCCCUAUUUCAAAGAACAACCCCCAAAAAAGCAACCCUGCUACACUAGAAAACUCUGUUAGAAACCAGAGUGAGAUCAGAAAACAAAACAACAAAAGGAAAUGGCAGGAAAUGAAGAAUGGAGAAAAAUGGCGGAUACAACCAAGAUGAGUCCUGAGGAAGUGAAAAAUGCUGGAGUUGAGGCUUCUAUGAGACCACCAGGCCAUAAUCCAGGUACUGUACUACAUCAAAGAGGGCGGUUGCCUUAUAGUAUUACGACCAUGGCACUUGUUGGUUUUGCUAUCACAGGUGCUAUUUGGUACGGCACUAUGUAUGCAAUGAAGAAACCCGAAGCCACUGCAGUUGACGUAGCCAAAGUUGCCACUGGAGUUGCUGGCCCUGAAGAUACUCGUCCUCGCAAGUAGUUAAUAAAAAUUACAUUUAAUUGUCUCCACUCUAAUUUUAGCUGCAAUAGCCCUUUGCCUUUAUAAAUUACUUGUCACUUUUUAUUUUGAAUAUUAAUACUCUUUUUUUUUUUUCGGCUUCUAAUUCGUAUCUAAAAAGGCUCUCUCCAAUCUUUGCA